CACCCCGAGCGCCGCCGAAGCCACCGACCAGGGUGCAGCAAAGCUCCGCCUUCCGCCGGUGGCGGGCGGAGCUCCUCGGGGCCGCGGCUGCUGCGUCAUGCCCCUGCGGCAGCCGGCGGGGCGGCUGCCUGCUCUGCCGCCGUACAGCGCGCUGCGCGGGCGGGCGGGGCUGGCUCCCCUGCCGGCAGAGGCGGGCUGGCGACUCUGAGGGCCUGCGUGAAUAUUGGCGGGGCUUGUGCUGCAGAGAAGGGCUAGCGGGAGGUGCUCUCCUGUCCCGGGUGUCUCAGGGGUAUUGGUGUGUCUCGUCGUGCCGGCCAUGGGGAGCGGUGCGGCAGCGGGAGCCGCCGAGCCGGGUGGAAGGCAGCUGCUGUCUGAGAAGGGAGGGGUGGGCAGGAGCAGGGUGUGUGAGAAAUGGCGGUACAAGGUACAGAAAGUGUGGUGUUUAUGGACCCUCUGGUUGGCAAGUAAGGCCACUGACAGCGGUUUCUAUCAGCGUUUCAGCAAGCGUGUUCUUUGUGCUAUCACAUACUUUCAGAUGUGUGCAGUACUUUCCUCCCCUCCUCCCGACUCUUCAGAGGCUAGAAAUGCCUCAUAGCUCAGAGCCAGGAAGUGAACAGUGAUAAACCUAUUUAGGAGAGGAGUUGUGGGAUGUGCAGUACGCGUUCUAGAAGUCAUCAUGUAAGAAUGCCAUUUUGCUGGCUUUAAAUGAGGUCCAUAUAUCGAAUGGUGGAAUUGCUUUAGGUGGGUUUUACAAGGAAGAGCAUCAUGAACAUGUUCAACGUUGUCCAUACACUUGGACAAAAUAAUAAUUAGCAAAUUGUGACUCGUAUCAUGGUGUUCUUUUUUUCCCUCCAAGAUAAAUAUUCUUAGAAGUUUAAGCUUUUGAGCUUUGCCAUGGUUUUUUCUGCAUCUGCAGUUCCCGUGUUGCUUUUGUUGGUGCUAUGAGAGCACCCAGGAAGCGCAAGUAGAAUCCUGGUACUAAGGAUAAAACCUAAGGCUUGCUGCUGUUUUCCUGGUUUCUAUGGGAGGCAGAUCUUGCAGGGAGUGAGAAUGAAAGUCCAAUAGGUUUUGUACCUGAGUCAUCAGAAGAAGAUGUUGGUAGCACACAGUGAACCACAUUUGUUCCAUGCUUACACACUCUGGAAAUUAAUCUUGGAGAUGUAUUUUAUUUCUUACUUUGGUUUUCUUUCCUGCCUCUCUAGAAUAUACUAUUAGUUUGGUGGCUGAUUUUUUCCCUUUAUGCCAGUAAGAGAUUAACUAUGAAGUACCUUUUCCCCCUUUAUGCCAGUAAGAGAUUAACUAUGAAGUACUUUAAUGUUCAGUGAUACUUAUUUGAAGUAUUUAAAUUCAGUAUGUGCACUUCGGUGUUGCCUCUAAGGUGUUGAAGACCACCUUUGUAAAAUCAAUGCAGGAGGGAUGUGAUGAAUUAUUAUGUUCCAACAUAUGUUGAGUAUGUUUCAUCCUCCUUAACUAACAUAAAUGGUACAGCUUCAUCUGGAGUGACUUGUACUUACUGAUCACCUCAUUAAAGAGUUCCCACAGGUGUAGAAUUGGAAAGCUAGAGAAGGUAUUGAGGAGCUGAGAUUGCAGUGGAAUGCAGUGCACUAAUAUUCAACCAGAAUGAAGUUAACUUAAUUCGAAAUUCAUGUGCAAAAGGAAAUACAUUUUGCAACAUGCUUCAAAUGUGCUUUGGAAUUUAGUUUUUUUUUUUGAAGCUAGUGCAAUUGAGACCACUGAUUGUGGUAUUGCAGGGUAGGAACACCGGUAUGACCACUAAGAACGUUUUGAAUUGUAGUUUACCCUGUUAGACUUCCUAACGGCUAUGAGUGUUGACAGGCUAAUUAGAGAGGAAAAGAGGCGACUGAAAACAAAUGUACUUGGGAAAAGCUGGGUUUAUGGGGGCUGGCGGUUCUACCGAUAUAGAUAAGCUGCAUACAGUAGCUACUGUGGCUGGUUUGCAUCGUUUGUAGCUGAAAAGGGCGACAGCUAGUGAGGGGAAAGGCCGGUAGGGUAAUAGUGCUGGUGCAUGAGACACCUUUGGGGAGGGGCCCAUUUGCCUUGCAGCCCUCCUGCACGGUUCGCGGCAGAGAGCGGAGCUGAGGCGGCAGAGCCCCGGCUGCCGUGCAGCCUAGAACGGGCCGUCCCGUGGCCCGCACCGCCCGCAGGACCACACUACCCGCCCCGCGUACCGCUUCCAUGGCCGCCUGUCGCGCUUUCGGUUUCGCUUCCAGCUCGGGGUGGGCGGUGCUGCGGGAAACGAAACUGGGUGGGCAGCAGCGAGCCUCCAAAGGCCCCUGUGCCGUGCCGUGCGGUGCUGCGCCGGCUGUGGGAGCACCGGGGUGCCCGGGCCGUGUGCCGGAGCCCGGCGGGCAGGGGAUUCGUCUGGUUCCGCUAAGGCCGGCUGCCCGCGCCUCGUUCCGCCUGCUCCGCGUCUGAAAGCCUGGAUUCGUCUUCGCGGUGAUCUGCCAGGAUGAGGAGCUGGGGGUACGUUAUGCCUGGAGGCACAGACUUGUAUUUGAACGUUGCUUUGCAGAAUCUUCUUGAGCUUGUAUGAAAAAUGGAACGUGGAUGUAUGGCGAAACUCAACAGUUACUGCCAAAGGAAUAAAUUCAAACUGCUGUAUGAGGACUGCGGGCAGACUGGUCCAUCUCACGAUCCUGAAUUCACAGUUGUGGUUAAAAUAGACAACGUGGAAUAUGGUAGAGGCACUGGUAAAAAUAAGAGGGAUGCAAGAGCAGUAGCAGCAAAACAAAGCUGGGAAAUGAUUGAGGAACAGCUGGAGAGCCCUUCAAAUAGGCAAAGUGCAGAAGUAAUGCCAGCUCAAGCACCCGUACCAGUUAUUGACUAUGUCAGCCUACUGAAUAGAUAUGCACAAAGAACAGCACAACUAGUUGAUUAUAAUAACAAAGAACGUGUUGGAGAACCCCAUAAUCCCAUGUUUUCUUGCAGCUGUAUAAUUAGUGGUGUACUGUAUGGAAGUGGCACUGGGCCUAAUCUAGGUGCUGCAAAAAAAGCUGCUGCAAAGGAAGCCCUUGAGAAGCUGGCUAAGGAAGGCUGUCUAACAAUGACCACUGGAGAAUCUGAGCACAAUUCUACAUGUAGUGAGCACAGUAAUUUCUCUCAAGUGCCAACUCAGUCUGAUUCAGAUGGUAUUUGUUUUGAAGACUCAUCUGCAAAUUUGGUAGAAAAAAUGAAAGGCUUGGCAAUAUGUCCUUCACCUUCCCAGAUGGAUGCAUCGAGUUCUGCCCUAAAAUCCAAAAGAAAAUUGGCAGCUAAUUUUGAUAAUGCAAGAAACAAGGAAGAGAAAAGGAUGGCAGAUGCAGAUAAAAAGUUGCCAGAUUUGGACACAAAUGCCAGCGAGGAGAAUAAAAGUCCAUUCACUGUGAAUGAAAGAUUCCUUAAGAGUUUUGAAAAUAUAGAGCCUAUUGGUGAAGGUGGUUUUGGGAAUGUCUUCAAAGCAACAGCAAAGCUUGAUAAGAGAACCUAUGCAAUCAAACGAGUUGCAUUCACAAACAACGUAGAGCGCGAAGUAACAACACUUGCAAAACUGGAGCAUGAAAACAUAGUGCGCUAUUAUGAUAGCUGGGAAGGUAACGACCGUGUGACUCAUCCAGCCUCGAGGCUGAAAUCAGACAAAACAAAUACCUAUCUUUUCAUCCAAAUGGAAUUCUGUGAACAAGGGUCAUUGGAUGACUGGAUUGAAAAGAAUAAUCAACACCGAAAGUACAAUCAGAUGGCACAAACCAAAUUCUUACAAAUACUGGAAGGAGUGAACUAUAUUCAUUCUGAAGGGUUAAUUCAUCGAGACCUCAAGCCUCAAAAUAUAUUGAUAUCACGGGAAGAUAAGGUCAAAAUAGGCGACUUUGGUCUUGUGACUUCUGCGGAGUAUGAGACUUUCACUGAGAACAGAGGAACGAAAUCAUACAUGGCACCAGAACAGGUUGGGGACAGAUAUGGAAAGGAAGUAGAUAUAUAUGCCUUGGGAUUAAUUUGGUUUGAAAUUCUUUCACCAUUCUCAUUUUGUCAAGAGAAAAUUAAGGUAUGGCCUGACAUUAGAGAAGGGCAACUUCCAGAGAGCUUCACUGAUGGAUUUCCAGUGGAGGUAUGGGAUUUUAAUACAGUAUUUCAGUUACCUUAUUUGCUCCUAAAAACCAACAUAUUGAUGUCUAAUUUCUUCUUGCAGGCACCCAUAAUCAAAAAGAUGCUUUCAAAAGACCCUUCAGGAAGAUACUCUGCAUCUGAAAUACUGCAUUUUUUCAAGGACAUUGAUAAAGACAAGUCACUGAAAGCUCGCACUCAGUACAUGUCCUUUUAAAAGGCUUUCAGACUGUGCUUAAAUCCAGAACUUGACAGCAUUUGAAACUGAUGAAAUAACAGUAAAUGUCAGAAGCAACAGCAAGCUUCUGCCAUUGAGGAGCUCGUCAUCCAAAAAGGUCACAUCACCAGCUGCAGACCAGGACAGCAUACUUCUGAAAGCAAUCACUUGGGACUCUUACCUGAAAAGAGAGGUUCAAUAAGUACAGGAACCUAAUCCUUGUCUCCUAGAAGACUAAGCUCAUGUGGUGCUAACUUGUCUGUGGCAAAUCUCUGCAUGCAUGCUUUUCACCUGUGCUGCACCUGUUACCAGUUGAGAUUACCUCUUGCUUUCCAUGGAAGAAGUGCUGUCUUGUGGUAUGCGUCUAAAACUCUUCAGAUUUGUUCAGUGAUGUUUUUAAUCGUUACUGGGACGCUCCUAUUGAUUCAAAGUCUCAGUUGGGUAUACAAGAUGCUAGGAAUAGGUGCGUGGGCUAUUUUUCAAUGAAUUUCAGAUGACUCAUAGAAUGCCAGGUUGGAAGGGGACCCCAGGGAUCAUCUGAUCUAACUUUUAAACUUAUUGCUCCCUACCUGUUGAACACCUAGCACUUCUGGUGCUCAGGAACUUAAAAAUACAUACUUAAACAUUUUCAAGGAAUGACUACUGUACAUGUUAAGCAUUCAGCUUCUAGGAAAUCUAGUUUAAAUUUGUUCUAUGCUUUCAAAAACCUUAGGUUUUCAAUUUUGGUUUUUUCUCUUCUGAAGGGAACAAUUAAGGUGCUCUUAAAAUAGCAAAAUUCUCAAGGUGCUCUCUGCUAAGAGAGCACCUUGAAUAUUCCCUCCCAUGAUGUUAGGUUUUAAUCCUUUAUUUUAAUACCAAGGUAUGCCUAACCCAUAACAAGCAAACUGAAUACCUGUGACAGCCUUACUAUCGGCCUCACAAAAGGUAACAGCAGUUUGCCUGCUACUCUUUACCUUAGAUAUGCUUCACAGAGUUCAGAAUUGGCCUGGAUUGAAAGAAUUGUGUGUGGUGGUGGGCAGCAGGGGUAAAAGACAGGCACAUUACUCUUUCAAAUGCUCGUCUUCUGAGCUCUGUCUUGUCAAACUUUUCGUUACUGUAGAGCCUGUGAAACUGCAUGAAGACAAAUGAGCAGAGAUUUCUGAGCAGUAAAACAGGCUUUACAUGUAGUAAAAUAUAUGAUCCACUUUUUCUGACAUGUUCAAUGGCUUAAAAGUGGGUGCUUGUUUAAAAGGAGCAAUAGAAGUGUAUGCAGAGUAACUUUUAUAUUCUUAUGGGAGGCACUGGUGAGUCACUGUGAGUAUUUGUUCCUAAAUAAGAAUCUGAUUUGACAUCCUUUUUUAAGGCCUGAA